AUGGAGAUUGAAGAAUCAAAGCACAACAGUAAUGAGGACGAGCCAACGACACCUCAGCUCAUAUCAGCCUCACCAAAUCCUAAAUACCAACUUUUUCUCAACAAUGAAGUGAAGACCAACGGCACAAGCUCCAGAGAGCAGGACAUGAGCUUGAACAGCGGCACAGCAGGGGGUGAGAAUGGAUCCAGACCACGCUGGGAGAGCAGCAGGCUGGGGCUGAACAACUACAGAGGCUCCCUGGAAUCACUCUCGUCACGCGACUGGGACGUCACAUCAGACCGGGGGGGAUUUAUGGACAGCUCCCCCAGAGUCUUCAACAGUCCCUACUCCACUACUGCUUCUGUGGACUACAAUCCUACAUAUCGAAUGUCGGAGUAUAAGGUACAAGGCAGUUUGUCUCCGGCUACCUCUGAUAUGAACUUGUAUAACCGCAGCAUUAGCCCAGUGCCUUCUCUGACCAUAGGCGCAAGCCGCACGCGCUUCUCUACUUACGACACUCUCAGACGCAAGACUGAGUUAAGCGCUGCAGUGCUCCCGUCGACACACUAUUCAGUGCGCUCAGUAACCCUUGGGCAUCCAAACAAGAAAGAUUACAUUGAGGAGCUGACUAAAGAGCUGGAUGCCUGUCAAAAGCGAAACCAGUUUUUGGAAGCAGAAAGUGUGGAGAUGGAAAAGGAAAGAAAUCAGAUACGGUUUGAAAUGCGUGGCCUGCUGGUGAAUAACGAGGACCUUCUGAGAACCAAUACUCAGCUGACCAAUGAGAUCAAGAGGACAAGAGAACAAAUGUUGGAGAUGGAAAAAGAAAACCAAGCCAUGGCUGAGCGCUGCCGGGAGAUGGAGACUGAAGUGAAACAAGCCAGAGAGAUCAUGGUAGAAGCCAACAAUCAGGAAUAUGCCUUCAAUUUCCUCCAGCAAUCAUUAAAAAACCAGAUCCAAGAUACAGAGGAGAACCUGGAGAAACAGACGCAGCAUGCACAGACGUUAUCUGAGAAGCUGUGGCGUGCAGAAAGACAACUAGAAGAGUUUGAACUAGACAGAGACUCCAAGGAAAAGAAGACAUCUGACUUAAACAGUACUGUGCUGCGACUGGAGGAUGAGCUGUCGGAGGCUCUGCAGAUGGCCUCGCAGGCAAAUGCAGAGAGGAACCUCCAGGUGAAACUACGAGAGGACACACAGCUCCGGGUGGAUGAGCUGGAGGAAGGACUCCUGGCCAAAGAACAGGAAGCCGACAAACUACAGAUUCUGGUCACCAGGCUACAAGGGGAGGUAUCUGGGAAGUUAGUGGAUAAGGAGCGCUCUCUGGAAGAGGAGAUUCAGCUGAGAGAAAGGCUCCAGUUGCAGUGCAAACAGGCUGAGCGCAGCCUUGAAGACCUUCGUAUGGAAUUAUACACAAGCAACCAAAGCCGCGACGAGCUCAGUAAGCAGCUCAAAGUGUUUCAGGAAAAGAUUAUUGAUCUUGAAACUGAUCUGGAAGAACUUCAUGACAGUGAGCAGCGGUGGGCUUCCAAACACAAGAGAACCCUUGAACAGGUGGAACAACAUCAGCUCAAGUUUAUUCAGGAGAAAGACCUGAGUGAGCAACUUGAAAUGGACAAGGACAUACUAGAAAGACAGGUGCGGGAGCUACGACUGGAGGUGGAGGAGCUUCAAAGCUCUAGACUGCAAGAGGAUGUCAUCACCAGAACUGAAUCUAAAGUUAAAGAACUAGAGAACAGUUUGCGAGCAGAGGAGCGAAACAAAGGAGUAUUGACCAACACCAUCAGUAAACUAGAAAGAAAAAUUGCGGAGUUAACAGACCAGAUGGAAGAGGAGCAUCGUAUCUCUACGGAGCAGAAAGAACUGAUGACACAGAGGAUGCGCACGUUGAAGAGACAGUUAAAUGAGGCGGAGGAGGAAGCCAGCAGAAAGGAAGCCCAAUGCCGCUUUGCCCAAAGAGAACUGGCAGAAGAGCGAGAGGCUCGUGAGCGCCUCCAGAGGCAGCUAGUGGACCAGCAACUUCAGGCCAAGCGCAAGGAGGCUCUGAACAUUCGUCAGACUCUGGACAACCUUCGAGUGGACAUAGAUGAUGAUGAGGAGGAAGAGCAAUCAAAAACAGAAACUGUUACUAAUGUCUAG